AUGGUCGUGAAUGCGGCGGCUGUUGGUGAUAGUUGUGGUUGUGCAGCAGUACCCGGAAACACUGUUGACGUUGCAGCAAAGCGGACAUCCGUCGGCAAAAGCGUGGCUCGCAGGCAAACUCCCGCCCACAUCAUCACUCAAACGGUGGAGUGCCCGGUCCUCGUUAUGCAUGGAACCGACGAUGACAUCGUCCCGAUUGAAAGUGGCAUGGCAAUCCAGGAGGCCUGCAGAAAAGCUGUUGAGCCGCUUUGGCUGGAGGGUUAUGGCCACAACGACCUGCCGAACGAGAUCUGUCUCAGGCGGGUGCGAGAAUUCAUGGACCAGAUGGAUGGCCUCUCAUGGGGUUGGAACAUUUUCGUCACCAACCUUGCCACACACAUCUCGGUGAAUCUUUGA